UUGUCUUCUUUCUCAAAUUUCUGUUGUUUUUGUGGGUUGAAGAUCAUUUAGGGUAGAGAAAUUGUCUUACUACUAAGGAGAUAUUUUUAGUUAGAUUCUGUCUCCUUGUGAUGUGUAUGUGGGUUUGGUUAUGUGUUGUGCUUUAUACCCCUCUUCAACCUAUUUGGCAUAGUAUCUGAGUGUCUUAGUGUCCAGGCUUCUUAUGGGGGCGUGAUCCCCAUCCCUAGUCGUAUUUGCAGAGACAUGACCUCCUCCUUAGGAGCUGCGGUUAGUGUUCCAGACUGCUUCAUUCUUUUCUCUGCAUUGUCUUUAAUUUCUCCGUGGUUGCUAGUUUGCCUUCUGGUUCUUUCCUUUUAUGUUACACUGUAGUUAUCAUUGCUUUAUAAAGCAACUCGGUUACUUUGGUACAGUCCUGCUUGUCUGUAUUUGGGAAAGGGCAUAUUUUUCUACAUUGAUGUUGUCUAUUCGUAAAAAGGAAGCAUAAAUGCUUCUAAAAAUGGGUUCAUUAUUCCAGGAUACCCUGCUGCCUUAUUGUGGUCCUUUUACUUCUCUUACUCUUAAAACCCACAUUUGCCGGAACAGCAAGCAUAGCCAAGGUCCGGACCGCAGCACAUGCCCCGAGCUCUCUGCCUAUCUCCACCCGCCUGCCCGAGUCCAGCCCGAGUCCAGCCCGCAGCCCCAAGGAGCGGUGCCGACAGCAGCCCCAGCAGCAACGCCGUGGCCGGGUGGAACGCCUACAUCGACAACCACAUGGCGGACGGGACCAGUCAGGACGCGGCCAUCGUGGGCUACAAGGACUCGCCCUCCCUGUGGGCCACCGUCCCUGGGAAAACCUUCGCCAAUAUCAUGCCAGCUGAAGUUGGUGUCCUGGUUGGCAAAGACCGGUCAAGUUUUUUUGUGAAUGGGGGCCAGAAAUGUUCUUUGAUCUGGGACUCACUGCUGCAGAAUGGGGAAUUUACCAUGGAUCUUCAUACCAAGAGCCCUGGUGGAGCCCCUGUCUUCAAAGUCAAGACGCUAGUCCUGCUGAUGGGCAGAGAGGGUGUCCACGGAGGUAUGAUCCACAAAUGUUAUGAAAUGGCCUCACACCUGCGGCGUGCCCAGUACUGACCUCGUCUGCCCCCACUUCCCACCAUUCCCACUCGCUUUUGCACCCCCAUGUGUACACAAACAUGCACCAUUUUUAUUUUGGGGGCCAAUGCCCCAUAUCUUUUACUGCUGCCAAAACCACAUGGGCUGGGGGCUGGGGCUGGAUGGACAGAUACCGCCCCCUACCCAUACCCCUCCUGUAUGUGGUUGGAAAACUUUGUUGUUGU